AUGAGUGAUGCUCUGUGUGGUCCCUCGAAUGCGCUGCAGAACUUCCAAAAGCAUGCAUCUGUUGAUCGUACCCUCCAGCAAGAUAGAAUCAUUUCUCGACAAUCGCCUUCUCAAGGGUUUCGAUCUCAAAAUCCAAGCCAUGGGGUUCUUGAUCCCGAAUUUGCCGCAUUCGAGUCCGGUCUAGCAGGAGCGCCCCUUCCCGAUGUACAGCAUGCCGGUCCUUUCGUUCCUCCCUCUCAUCAUUUCCCCGUAUCACGCCCGGCAGAAUCGUCAAACUGGGCGGCAGACUUUCAGAAUAUGCAUAUAUCGGGACCUUCGCAUUCUCUCCAUCAAACAUCAGGACCAUCUGUAGCGCCUAUGGCAGCCAUGUCACACCAGGGUUGGCAGAACGAGUUCGCUCAGCAGCAACAACCCUCUUUCCAGCAGCAUCAGCCACAUGUUCAAGGGCUUCAGCCAUCCUUUGCACCUCGCUUCCCUAUGACGGGUACUGCUUUCCCCCCUGCGCAAGCCACCGCAGCAAACCAGCAACCGAUGGCCGACACAUUCGAUGAAUCGGCGUUUGAAGCUGCAUUUGAGCAGGCGCGGGCAGACAUGAUGUCGCAGGAAACCGAGACUACACCUGUCCACGCCGAGGAAGUCGUGGAAGAGACAAAUCAUGUUACGGCUGAAAGCACGGAAGAGAAGAUCAAGAUCGGAUCGGAUACCAUUCCCCAGACAGAAAAGAAUGAUCAACAGGCACGAGUGAAUGAUGCGGACGAGCUCGCCCGAACUGCGGGGCAGCUUCUAGACAGUGUCAAGCAUGAUCAAAGCCAGAAGUUCAAAGAAAGCAACUUUCUUGCUUUGAUGCGCCGCAUUCGCGACCGUGAGGUCCAAAUCGAGGGGGAUGAAUUUCGCGAAGUCAGUACCAGCAGUCCGUGA